UGGACCAGUAGUAAAAUUAGUAAUCGACCAGAUGUUCGGCCAUUAUGAUAAACUGGAUAAACUUUUUGCCCGGGUGGAAGACCUAGACAAUGAGCUAGUUCUUGAAUAUUCCGACCAAGCUCGGAAAUCUCUUAAAUCAGAAAGAGAAACCGCUAAUGCUGAACUUGCUAACCUAAUCAAGUUUACCAAUGUAGUUGGUAUAGUUGGAGUUGUUUUUCUGGCUGGAAAAAAGGACAAUAGUAAGCCAAAUCAGAAAACUAAUUUAGGCGAACAGCAAAGGCAGCAAGUUCGGGAAGCGGCUUCCCAAUUAGUAGGUAAUAUUCUGGAUAAUCAAAGCAAUUUUAAUCAGUUGACGACUAAUCUAGAUGGCACCAGGCGAAAUAUUGAUGAUAUUGAAGAAAUUUUUUUAUCUAGCAGCCUUAAUCAGCUGCCCCGCUCUCCUACUACGCUAGCCCCAACUCAAAUUACUGGUUCGCCUCCUCCUAUAAUUAUCGAACAAAGUUGGUAUGAAUUAAGAGUUUUUAUAAUUACUUGUUUACAAAAUCCUAAUCAAUCCAUUUUAGAAAAUGUGCGAUUGCGGGUUAAAAGUGAUAUUGAAAAGUGGUUAAGAGUUGAUAAAGAAACUGACGAAGUAAUAGAGGGAAGUGGAAACGCAAGAGAAUUAUUGCUUUUUCUCAAACCUUCCAACUAUCAGUCCUCAGCCAUCUAUUUUCCACCUGGUAAAAUAGAAGAAGCCCAACAAGAUUCAGUGCGGAAGUUAAUUAAUGGCUUGCUUGAAGAACAGUCACAAGAGUUAGGGAAAGUUCAAAGUUAUAAUAUUUACAUUUUACGAGUGGCAAGCAGUCAUCAUGGUGCGGGUCCAUCCUCAGGCGUGGCUCAUUAUCUAGCCCUUUAUAGCGCUUUGAAUAAAAUACCAUUACCAAGAAAUUUGGCUUCUACCGCUACCAUUAAAGGGGUAAAAAUAGGUGGAAUAGGAGGAUUGAAAAAUAAACUACAAGGUUCUUUAAAAAAAGGAAUAGAUACUUUUAUUCUUUGCGAAACUAAUAAAAGAGACGAAAAAUAUAAAGAGCAAAGUUUCGAGCAUAUUCCCCUCAAUAUACAAAACAAAAUUAAGCAAGUUCAUUUUAUUAGUCAAGUUAACCAGAUAAAAAUCGCCCUAAAUGAGAUAUUAAAUGGAACCAUUAAAGAAAAAGUUCAUAUUUGCGGCAAAAACGAAUUUCCUGACAAAAAACCUGAAAAGCCCAACAAACCCCGUGAGCCACCCCAACCAGAUAAACCUGACUCUGAAAUUACUCCCGAGCAACUUUUGAGUCUAAUUGCUGAGUUAAACAUUAGAGAAAAAGGAGAUAGCCAAGAUUUUUGA